ACCUAAAUAAGCGCAUGGAAAACGUAGGGUCAUUUUUUUAGUAUGUUUAAUAUUAAAUCAUUUUUAUCGGCAAUAAUUCAGGCCUCCUCCAAUAGUUAUUGAUGAAAUUAGUUUACGAGUUUUACGAUAGAUGUCACUAGCACUCAGCGGGAGCUAAGCAGACGAUUGAUGUGCCGUGCUGUUACUGAUUAAUUUCAUAGUUAAUUUGUAUGCAUUUAGAAAUGGUUUAGAAAGUUUAGGGAAAUAGACAACACGAGUGUCGAUUCUACGAUAUACCUACCAUAGUCGAUUGCAAGACGCCCAGUGACAAGGAUUCCGAGCCAUGUCUUACCGCGAUCUGAGAAACUAGUUCUUGCUGCCUGGUCUGGCUGACUCGAUCAACUAAAACGCCAACAUGUUUAUAUACUUGAGCAAAAAGAUCGCCAUCCCCAACAACAUCCAGCUCAGCGUGAUAUCAUGGAACAAAGCGGAGGGCUUCAUAGCAUGUGGUGGGGACGAUGGCUUGUUGAAAGUUUUGAAACUGGAGGCACCGGAUGACCAGAAGAUCAAAGGUUUGGCUGCAGCCUCCAACCUGUCCAUGAAUCAGACGUUGGAGGGUCAUUCGGGCCGAAUCCAAGUGAUCACCUGGAACCAGAUCCACCAAAAGCUGACCACCAGUGAUCAGGAUGGUCUCAUUAUCGUCUGGAUGCUCUACAAAGGCUCUUGGUACGAGGAGAUGAUCAACAACCGCAACAAGUCGGUGGUUACUGGUAUGGCGUGGAACUCCGAAGGCGAGAAAAUCUGUAUCGUUUAUGAGGACGGAGCAGUCAUUGUCGGCUCCGUAGAUGGCAACCGUAUAUGGGGCAAGGAGCUGAAGGGCCAGUCCUUUACAGGAGUCGAGUGGUCACCAGAUGGAAAUGUGCUUCUGUUUUCGAUCGGCACGGGUGAGGUGCACCUGUACGAUAGCCAGGGCGAGUUCCUCAACAAGAUGAUUAUCAUGUGUCACGGCCAAAACUCGACUGGCUAUGUGCGUAUCGUCAACCUGCGCUGGUACAAUGGCCGGUUCGGCUACAUCGAGCCUGAAUGCCCCUCUCUGUUCGUCUGCUACGAAGACGGCAAAGUACAGAUCAUGCGCAGCGAAAGUGACGACAAACCGGUCAUCAUCGACGCCGGCAUGGCGGUCUCCGACUGUCAGUGGAACCACAACGGCACAAUGCUAGCUGUGGCCGGCAACAUCAACGCAGCCCAGUCGGGAGAGAAGGACUGCAACGCCGUCAUGUUCUUCUCACCGUUCGGUGAUCAUGUGCGCACGCUGAAGGUUCCAGGCCGCCAGCUAGCCUCGGUUGCGUGGGAAGGCCGUUCACUGAGACUCUCACUCGCAGUCGAUUCUUUCAUCUACUUCGCAAACAUCCGGCCAGACUACAAGUGGUGCUACUUCCUGAACACAGUGGUCUACACUUACCUGUCGCCUGGUAAAGCAGACUACAAUGUCAUCUUCUGGGACGUCAAGAACAACGAGAAGUACCACAAACCGUCGCCCAUUGUGCUGGCCAUGGCUGCUUCUGACGAGCACUGCUGCAUUCUGGUGCGAAAGGACGACCAAGACCUCAAGUUCGGGAUGAUGCUAUGCAACGCCAUCGGCACGCCAGUCGACUCGCGUUACACAGAUGUGGAGCUACGCUAUGUCACGAUGACCAAAACUCACGUGUUCGCAGCGUCCCGUGAGUCUUUUUUCGUCUGGCAUUACCACACGCCCAAGGGUAUCUCGGCAAGAGACAUAGCCACAACACAGUCAGAUGAUCAGAAAACCAAGGAACGCGUCUAUCAUGUAGACGACAUGAUCUCGGGAGUGGAAACUUCGCGACACUAUGAGCGUCAAGCCGCCCGUAAGCAUACCAACGACCCGAUCACCUGUCUCGCAAGUCAUGAGACGAUGCUGCUCAUCGCACGUGAGUCGGGUGUGGUGCAAGUGUACAUGCUGCCGCAACUCAUCUUCAGCAACCGCUACACGGUUGAGUGCCGUCCGCAGAAGAUCGCAGUGAACUGCGAUGCGACGCGCAUUUCGCUCAUCGACGUGACUGGCAUCCUAUACUUCUUUGACCUCGAAAGAAAUGACCCUGAGAAGGGAAAACGUGCUGGUGAGCUGGUCAAGUUCGAGCGCAAAGACGUGUGGGACUUGAUCUGGGCUGAGGAUAAUGCCGACAUGUGCGCACUGAUGGAGAAGACGCGCAUGCUUGUGUUCCGAAACCUGGACCCGGAGGAGCCUGUGGCCAGCUCUGGAUACCUGUGUAGGUUCAAGGACCUGGAGGUGACCACUGUUCAGCUUGAUGAGGUGCUGAUUAGACCUGAUCGUCCUCAUCCUAAGCUGGUGGCGCAGCUCGAAAGCAAGGCCAUGAGAGACACCAAGGAGAUCCUGGAGAACACCGGUCUGAAAGAGGCACAAGAGUUCGUCGAGGAGAAUCCUCAUCCUCGACUGUGGAGGCUCAUCGGCGAGGCAGCACUAGAAAUGCUUGAAACUGAGGUCGCGGAAACAGCUUUUGUGCGCUGUAAGGACUAUCCUGCCAUUCAGUUUGCGAAACGACUCAACAACAUCUCCUCAGAGAAUAUCAAGCAGGCUGAGGUACUUGCCUACUUCGGUGAGUUUGAGGACAGCGAGAAAGCGUUUCUUGAUGCUGAUCGACGCGACCUCGCCAUCGAUCUGCACCGCAAGAUGGGCAACUGGUUCCGUGUGGUCCAGCUUCUGAAAACGGGUGUUGGAGGCGAUGAUAUGCUGAUGCAUAUUGCGCUCAACAAGAUCGGAGACUUCUACGCCGACAACCUCAAAUGGGACCAGGCAGCGAAGUACUACGAACAGGUAAACCAGAACGAAGAACGGCUCUGCAAGUGUUACUACCUGAUGGAAGACUACCAAAAGCUGGAGGAACUGGUGGAGAACAUCGCAGAGAAUCACAAGGCCCUACCCGAAAUCGCCAAGAUGUUUGCGUCGGUGGGCCUUUGCGAGCCGGCGGUCAAGGCCUACCAGAAAUGCCACAAGGAUAAGGAAGCCGUCGAAGUGUGCAUGUAUCUCAACAACUGGCGCUACGCUGUAGAACUGGCGCGCACCACAAACAUCCAGGACACGGGCUCGUACCUAGCCAAGUACGCGCAGUACCUCUUGUCGAAGAACAAGCGGAUCCAAGCAAUCGAACUGUUCAGGAAGGCUGGUUACUUCCUAGAGGCAGCCAAACUGCUCUUCCAGCUCACUGACCUCGAGGUGAAGAAAGGUUCCAAACCGAUGAGGAUCAAGAAGAUGUAUGUCCUCGCCGCCCUGAUGGUCCAACAACACAACGAAAAGAUGAUGAACGCAAAGGGCAAAGGACUGGGUCAAAAGAGUUCGGUAAUGCUGGGUCUGAUGGAGGCAGAAAAUCAGUCUGCGCUUGGAGACCUGCGCGUGCUAGACAACGCAUGGAAAGGUGCUGAAGCGUACCACUUCUUCCUGUUGGCUCAGAGACAGCUGUACGAGGGCGCCCGUGAUGCUGCUAUGAAGACAGCCCUUCAUCUGCGUGACUACGAGACGAUCCUGCCACUGGCUGACGUCUACAGUCUGCUAGCUCUAUCCAGCUGCGCCAACAGUGCGUUCUCGACGACCUCGAAGGCUUUCAUCCGGCUGGAAAGCCUGCCUGACGCCACACCGGAGGAGCGUCAGGCUUAUGAGGAUCUCGCUAUGGAGAUCUUCAUGAAGUACAGUCCCAAGGACUCCAAGAGCAACCGUGCCGAGUGCAUUCACUGCGAGACGAUGAUUCCCGACUGGGUAACGAUCUGCCCAUCAUGUGGCACACGGUUCCCGUCUUGCAUCGCGUCCGGCCGGCCCAUCAUGGACCCGAACCAGGCCUGGGAGUGCCCCACGUGCAAGCAUCAGGCGUUCGAGAGCGAGAUCACAGUGCGUCAGACCUGUCCGCUCUGCCACGCGCCAGUGUAUGCUGCCGAGUGAGACCGAUCCUGACGUGAUCGGCAUGUCAGUCAUGGCAGUCAGGAUGGCAGCUGUGACAGGUUGUUGGUGGCAGCAGUGUCUCAGGUUGUGUUUCGUGGGGACUUUCAGCUACUGGCAAGUAGUCAACCGCUUAUGUAGAAAUGUUUUGCUCCCUUUGUUCUUUACGUUAUAUCAUGGAAAGUGAAAGGAGCACUCCAGGGAUGAAACCGACGCUACAGUAGCUAGAACUGAACGAUACUGAACGAGAGCACGGGAUGGUCUGAUUUAACGCAGCUUAUAGUGUGCAACGGAAUGUGCAUUUAUUUAUUCUAUCUCAAGUCAGUACGAUAUAGCAUUAUCACUCUCGAUGAAGUUUUUUCGAGGAGCAAUACACUGAGUGUAUAUGAA